AUGGCGGCAGCCGUGUUUGGCGAACGCGUUUUGAGUUCGAUCAAACAAGAGAAGGAUGCAAUGAAUGAAGACAGUAGCAGUGAUGAAGAUGAAGAUCCUGAUAACAUGGGUGUACCUGGUGGUGGAAAAGAUUUGGCCACUGCCACUGGGAUUGCAAACAUUAAGGAUGAAAAACCUGCUGAUGCUCCAUCUAAUGUCAUGGUUAAAGGACAAGGAGGGUUAAAUAUGCUGAAUCAGAAGUUCGGUAAUAAAAUUCCUGGUGGACUGGUGACUAAAACAGCAACACCAGGAUACGAAAUGGUUCGUGUGGGAGGAUCGCAGGGCACCCCACCAGAUUUUGUCAGUGCUAAUCAGUUGAGUCAGCUAGGCCAGUUAGCUGCUGCUGGACCUUAUGGUUUUCCACCUGGACUGGCAACCCUUGCAGGUUUCAAUCCUGCUGCUUUUUUUCCACCGAGCAUGGAUAUGAGCUUAAUGAGUGGUUUUAUGGGUAUGCCAGGAAUGAACAUGGGUGUAAAUCCCCUUGUUCAACUACUAAAUCAAAAUGGUUUACAUCCAAACUGGGCAGCUGGGUUAUCAGGCAAAGCUGUAUCCCAGUUGUGGAUGAAUUCUGCAGAUCCUACCAAGAUGAAUAUACAGCCAACUUUGCCAGAAGAGGAAGAAGUUGAUGACGAAGAUAUGGGCGUUGCUGAAACGUAUGCCGAUUACAUGCCUACCAAACUUAAGCUCGGACGGAAGCAUCCAGAUCCCGUUGUAGAGACUGCAUCGUUAUCAAGUGUCGAGCCGACGGACGUUUGGUACAAAGUUUCAAUUCCGGAAGAAACAAUACGAACUGGAGCUUUAUCAGCGUUACAGCUUGAAUCUAUAACGUAUGCAUCACAGCAGCACGAACACCUUUUACCGGACGGCACACGCGCCGGUUUCUUAAUUGGUGACGGUGCUGGAGUCGGUAAAGGACGGACCAUAGCUGGUAUUAUAUUUGAAAAUUAUCAAAAGGGCCGAAAACGCGCCAUUUGGGUUUCCGUUUCGAAUGAUCUCAAGUACGAUGCAGAGCGUGACUUAAAUGACAUUGGUGCAUCGAAGAUCGAGGUGCACGCUUUGAACAAAUUUAAGUAUGCAAAAAUUUCCUCAGCCGUGAACGGUAAUGUGAAGAAAGGAGUGAUAUUCAGUACGUAUUCUGCUUUGAUCGGAGAGUCCACCCAGAGUGGCGGGAAAUACAAAAGUCGAUUAAAACAACUUCUGCAAUGGUGCGGAGAAGACUUUGACGGUCUGAUAAUUUUUGAUGAGUGUCAUCGUGCGAAAAACUUGUGUCCCACGGGCAGCUCAAAGCCUACCAAAACUGGCCUGACCGUGUUGGAACUGCAGAACAAACUUCCCAAGGCUAGAGUAGUCUAUGCUAGCGCCACAGGUGCUUCCGAACCCCGGAAUAUGGCCUAUAUGGUUCGACUGGGAAUUUGGGGCGAGGGAACGCCUUUCCCGGAGUUCAAUGAUUUCAUCACGGCGGUCGAGAAACGUGGAGUUGGAACAAUGGAAAUCGUAGCGAUGGACAUGAAAUUGCGAGGCAUGUACAUUGCCCGACAGCUCAGUUUUCACGGUGUCGCUUUUAAGAUCGAAGAAGUACCGUUAUCCAAAGAGUUCACUGAAGUAUACGAUCGUUCCGUUCAUUUGUGGGUCGAAGCGAUGCAAAGGUUCCAAGAAGCGGCAGAAUUGUUGGACGCUGAGAAUCGCAUGAAAAAGACGAUGUGGGGACAGUUUUGGUCGUCGCACCAACGUUUCUUUAAAUACUUGUGUAUCGCCGCCAAAGUGAAGCACGCGGUCGCAGUUGCGCGAGAAGCUGUUAAAUGUGGCAAAUGCGUGGUAAUCGGUUUGCAAUCUACAGGCGAGGCUCGUACUUUGGAACAAUUGGAACGAGACGACGGUGAACUUAGCGAUUUUGUCUCUACUGCAAAGGGAGUUCUCCAAACGUUGGUCGAGAAACACUUCCCUGCAUCGGACCGUAAUCAUAUACACCGAGUUCUGGGUAUAGAGCCGUCUAAGAUGCAGAGGUUAGAUGAUCUCGAUGACAUGGACGGUGCCGGUGGAUCAGCCGGUGGCAGUAAGAGAAAACCGAUACGGCAGGCAGCUCAACGAGCUUCGAAAAGAGUUCGUACGUUCCCAUCCGAUGAUGAUUUUUCUGACGAUGAAAGAAACGGCGGUCGAAGUUCCGGUUCAGAGUAUAAACAAAGUGGAAGCGAGAGCGAAGACGAUCAUAGGAGCGAAGAAGAGAGUAAUAUUAGCUCCGAUUCUUCCUUCGUUUGUUCUGAAUCUGAUUCAGAUUCUGGCGACAGACGAAAAAAGAAAGGCGGUAAGAAGCAGAAGAAACCGGUGAAAAAGCGUCCAGGAUAUGUAGGAGCCGUUGGAGGUGUCGGAGCAGUUCGUAAUCGAGCACCAUCUAGGGACGCUGUAGAGCGGGCCUAUGGUAUGAAAAAGGAACUUCUGGCAGAAAUAGAAGAUCUAGGUGAACGUUUGCCACCCAAUACCUUGGACCAAUUGAUAGACGAAUUUGGAGGACCUGAGAACGUGGCCGAAAUGACCGGUAGGAAGGGACGGGUCGUUCAAACGGAAGACGGUACCAUUCAGUACGAAUCUAGAUCCGAGGUUGAUGUACCAUUGGAAACACUUAAUUUAACCGAAAAACAGAGAUUUAUGGACGGUGAAAAGACGGUCGCCAUUAUCUCGGAAGCAGCCAGUAGCGGUAUAUCGUUACAGAGCGACAGGCGAGCAAGAAAUCAGAUGCGCCGAGUACACAUCACUCUUGAAUUGCCAUGGAGCGCCGAUAGAGCUAUACAGCAGUUUGGACGUACGCAUCGUUCGAAUCAGGUCAACGCACCAGAGUACAUAUUCCUGAUCUCUGACUUGGCGGGGGAAAGAAGAUUCGCAUCGAUUGUCGCGAAACGUCUGGAGAGUCUUGGUGCGCUCACACAUGGGGACCGACGUGCCACGGAAACAAGGGAUCUCUCGCAAUUCAAUAUCGACAACAAAUACGGCCGGGCAGCACUUGAAGCAACGAUGAGAACAAUAAUGAAGUACGAACCACCGCUUGUACCACCACCUCAAGAUUACCAUGGUGACUUUUUCAAAGACGUAGCGGACGCAUUGCUGGGCGUCGGCCUAAUCUGUAACAGCGAGAGUACGCCGGGUGUGCUUACCUUAGACAAGGAUUAUAAUAACAUGUCAAAGUUUUUAAAUCGGAUACUGGGCAUGCCGGUUGACUUGCAGAAUCGUUUGUUCAAGUACUUUACUGACACUCUGAAUGCGAUCGUGACGCAAGCAAAGAAGACCGGACGCUUCGACAUGGGUAUCCUCGACCUGGGUACUUCCGGCGAAAAUGUAAAGCGAGUGAAACUGUUCCGAUUUCUACGGAAACAUGCAACAGGAAAAGCGCCUACGGAGCUUCAUGUGGUUCACGUAGAGCGUGGUAUGAGUUGGGCCGAGGCUAUGGACAAAUGUUCCGAACUGACAGGAUCUAAGGAAGGAUUUUAUUUGAGCCAUCAAAUUCGCAAUGGAAAACAAACGGCUAUCCUCGCAGUUGCCGUGGAUACUGGAAAGAAGAAGUCUGAGAGCAAGAAGGAUCAAUUGUAUAUGGUUUAUAGGCCCAAUACAGGAUUGCAACUUAGGCAAGAAACUCUAGGCGAAUUGGAGAAAAAAUAUAAGAAGGUGUCUUCGGACGAGGCGGAACCUCAUUGGUCACAGCAAUACGAUGCUUCGGUGGACACAUGUUCCCAUGCUUAUUGGCGUGGUAAUUGUAAGAACGCGACCCUUGGUAUAGACUGCGAGGUCGGACUCCGAAGGCGUUCCUAUAAUGUUUUAUCCGGUUCGGUGUUAAGUGUGUGGAGUCGGGUGGAAAGCAUUCUAGCGACUCGUUCUGGUCACAAUACAAAGAUGCAAGUUGUACGCUUACGAACUGAUGAAGGUUUAAAAAUAGUCGGUACUCUUAUUCCAAAGUCCUGUAUGGAAAUACUACGUCAAGAGCUAUCAUCCGAUUCGGACAACACAGAGGAACUUACGUUUUGAACAUUUGCUUACUCCGCUUUGUAGGACCAACGAAAGCAACUUUGCAAUGGACAAAUCCCUCUUCCUUAAGCCUUGCGACAACAUUCGAGAAGGAGGGGGUGCACUUACGAAUGUGUAGCGAGGAUGGACACGCUAAUUAUCUGAAGGUGUAAAAUAGGUUCAAAAAGUGAAUCUAAAUAGAGUCGUAUUGCGGUGUACUA